AAUGCUUAGCCUACACACUUCACUUCCUGGACUUUAGAGCACAUUCACAUUCGAAUAAAACUCUGUAGAUGUUGUUUCCUUGGUGAAAAAAAGUCAGAAAAAUGGCCAGCAGUGGACUUACGGAAACGGGCGAGCUGUAUUCUCCUGUGUUUGGUAUGAUCUAUGUCUUCAACCUGAUUGUAGGCACUGGAGCCCUAACCAUGCCACUAGCUUUUGCCAGGGCUGGCUGGGCCAUGGGCGGAGCUCUCAUUGCCAUCCUGGCUUUCGCCAGCUUCCUGACUGUAACCUUUGUAGUCGAAGCCAUGGCCUCGGCAAAUGCAGUCAUGAGAUUCAAGCGCAAGGAGAAACAACGUGAGUUAGAGGAUUCCUCCAGCAGUUCUCAGGACACUGUGGAAUCUCCCUAUCUCCAUGAAGUAGAGAGUGACGAGAAGAAGAGCUUGUUGCAUCCACCUGUGGCAGGUACAUCAUGUAGAAACAAGAAACACCAGGAUUACUUUGAAAUCACCGAGCGAGUUGAGAUGGCCAAGAUGGCAUCACUUUUCUUCAAUAAAAUUGGCGUAAAUCUCUUCUACCUCUGCAUGGCGAUCUACCUGUACGGUGACCUGGCCAUUUAUGCAGUCACAGUGCCAACCUCACUCAGGAAUAUAACCUGUACGUACAAACCCGAGAACUCCUCAGCACACGAUGAUGACCCUUGCUGGGACGGUGCUGAUAUAACCAGAAUUAAUGUCUACAGAAUAUAUUUGAGCCUUUUUAGUGUUGCGCUGGGCAUAUUUGCCUUUUUCAAUGUUCAGAAGACCAAGUACCUGCAGCUUCUCACAACCUUUCUUAGGUGGCUCGCAUUCUCCAUGAUGAUCGUCCUGGCGCUCAUUGUACUCGGUAAUGGCAAGGGCGAAGGUGACCCGAUUGCGGUGGGAGCCUUUGAAAGUAUCCCCAACUUCUUCGGCGUGUGCGUCUACUCCUUCAUGUGCCACCACUCUUUGCCUUCCAUGGUCACGCCCAUCAAGAGGAAGAACCGCCUCUCGGCGCUCCUGGCUGGAGACUACGCUCUUAUCUUAGGCUUCUACCUGCUCCUCUCGCUCACAGCCAUCUUUACUUUCAGUACCCGCAGCAUACAGGAGAUUUACACUCUGAACUUCUUCGGCAGCGGGAGCGUGGCCACCCAGGUGGUGCCCGUCCAGUACUUCAUCGGGCUGUUCCCCGUCUUCACGCUCAGCACCAACUUCCCCAUCAUAGCCAUCACCCUGCGGAACAAUCUCAAGAUGCUUUUUGCCCGAGAGGGUCGGCCCUACCCGUGGGCAGUGGACCGCAUUGUCUUCCCCUUACUAGCCUUGCUGCCGGGCAUAAUCGUUGCCUUCAUCACCACCAAUGUGACAGAGCUUGUGGGUUACACAGGGUCCUAUGCAGGGGCCGGCAUUCAGUACGUCAUCCCUGCAUUUCUGGUAUAUUGUGGCCGCAAGAAGACUGAAAAAUUGUUUGGGCAGAACUGGAACAACAAGCACAGAUCUCCCUUCAAGCACAAAGCUUGGGUGGUGAUUGUGUUACUGUGGGCUGUGCUGUGCAUCGGCUUUGUCACAGCCAAUCACAUCAUUACUGCCACACACCAUGAGUAAGGCAGCCACUGAGAAAAACUGGAUGUGUUAAUGGCUACAUGCAAGAACUUUUGAGGGCACUGCAGAGCAUACUGGCAAAAAGUCACAUGAAGCACUCUCUAAUAGUACAUACUAAAUGGUGUACAUUCAUCAUCAAAGGAUGGCACUUACCGACAGUCCAUGCUUAAUGGUUCCAUUCAUCUCAGGGACUGUGUAAACAGCAUUGAAUUUUCAGUUGCAUGAACACAAAAAUCAUGUUGUUCAGUUUACUUCCAGAUGCUAAACAAUAUUUUGUUUAAACUGAACCUCUUACAGUGCCAUUCAUUGAAUUUAAAGAAGUGGCAGCCUCACCCAUCAGUGACUGUACUAAAAGGUAGACAGAAAAGGACACGUAGAACGACAUGUCAUAUAUUCAUGUACAUAUUAUGCUCAGAGAGUGUACAGUACGUAUUUUAUGAGAAGUGCAUCAUAUGCAUAUGGUGCACAUCAGUCUACGUGUUCUUUUCCAUCUACCAUGUACUAAAUAGGUUACAAAGAGAGCCAAAUUGUGGGAGUUCAGGGAGUUCAUUUUUUUUUUAUUUUAAAAAGUUUGGGGGUAAAAGUUAACAUUGUUUAAUAGUAACAAAAUUCAAAUCCAUUGACCUUUGUAUACGUGGACUUUUGACAUACCCUCAGAAGAUAUAAAUAAACAAGUACACGUAAAUUCUCCAGCAAGUCAAUUCCAUUUAUUGCAAACUUCAAAAACCCUCAAAAUAAUACACUUUUUACAAUUGUGUACGUACAAGUGACUAUCACCACUUCACAGCACAUGUACCUCUCUGUACACGUGGUUGGUGUUUCUAAUUCCCAAAAUCUUACUUAAUAUUAACGGGUACAAAGCAGGAAUUUCUAUCCCGCAGUUGUGGUUAUGUGCCAUUUACUGCAAACCAGCACUAGCCGGAAUGAUUCUGCUUGUACCCAGUCCAAGGGCUGGCAUUUAACUUGCUAAGCAAUGGAAAAAUUUUGUUCACUAUCAAUUUUGAGGUGGUGUAUUGAUGAACGGUGACUGUUUUAAGGGGUGUAUAUACAUGACACUGUAAUUGCCAUUUUUAGGUACAAACGUGAAUGUACCUUUAAAUAUGUUCAUCUUGGCCUGAUGUAAUUACUAUUUUCAAAAGAAAAAUAACAUAUUUGACAAAGGGCAAAUGACUCCAGUCCAACCUCAGAGUAAAGUUUCUAUUGGUCUGAAAAAUGGCUACUGGUCUUGCAUUAACACAGAAAGCAUGAGCCCAGUGAACACACAAUAGUUUAUAUUUGACUGAAAUUUGUAAUGAAAUGGAAUCGUAGAAGUGUAAAUCAGGUGUGAUAAUAAAACGUAAACAUACAUAC